AACAAAAAUAAGAACCUCACUUACAUACUUUCUACAUCCAAAAUAAACAUUUUCCAAGAAAUGUCGGAUGCUUUUGUCUUUCAUCCAGUUCCCACGGGGGGCGGUAAUGGUACGUGCUAAUUUAUAUGAGGUUGAUUUAAUUAUAGGGUGCCACGCCCCCUCCUCGUGUGGAUUGAUUGUGGAUGAAAUACAGUAACCCAGUUAAAAUAACUCCUUCUCCCCUGUGGCACGCAUCAUUUCAGCUCUCGUCUCUGGACAGCUACUGGACGUCUACAUUCACUCAGAGCAACUGGAUGCAUAUUUGCAUAAUUCAUUCAUUGACAUUACCUUAACAAUCUUUUGAGGUAAAAACCAUGGAGCCAAGCCUUUUGGACCACAACAUGCAUCAUUCCUCCAGCAGCACCUACCCAGAGGACAGGACAGAGAAUCCUCCCUCCUUUCCACACAACAACACAUACAACUCCUCCUCCCCUCAGUCCUCCUCUCAGUCAAGUGGUGGAUCCCUUAUCUCUACGCUCCUACAGACAACCAUAGAGAGUAAAAGAACCCUGCAGGAGAGCACCACUGCAUAUUACCCCCCAGACACUCCCAUGUCCAGCUCUGCCUUGACGAAUCUUAACCAGGUGGACCACCACAGCAGCAGUACCACCAUGGCACCUCUGUCUCCAGCCAGCCAGGCAUCCACCGGGGCCAGUCCCACUAGAUUCAGACCCAAUGAGGCCGGGUUGACCCAGGACUGGAUGCUGGAGCUGGUUGACAGACACCGGGCCAAGCGUGCCAGAGUGGAGAACAUCAUCAGAGGCAUGGCAGGCUCUCCUCUCAGUGUUUAUUUCACAGGUGAAGGGUUUGGUGAAGGGGAGACCACUCCAACCAGGCACCUUCAGGGUGAGAUGUUGGAAAACAAGAGGAAACAGAGGGUGCCGCGGCACCAGGACCUCCCCAGGACGGGAGGCGUUAGCGGGAAGAGUACGGACGAUGGACACACACUGAGGAAGCAGCUUCAGACCAUGCAGAGGCUCCUGGGUCAACUCCAGGCCAGGUUCAUCCAGGUCUACGAGACUCAGACUAAUGAGUCUGAAGAGGAUGACCACCAUAGUACUUGGAACAAAGAAUAUGUGGAGACAAAGACAUCUCCUGGUGAGGGGUUCUUGGACCCUUACAGUGAGUUUAACAAUAAGACACCUUUAGAUAAAGGUCAUCUGGGAUGGAUGAAUAACAAGCAAACUGACUACCUUCACUCGAACCCAGACAACGAAGACAAACUCCUAGCAGACAUUCUCAAGUAUGAACUCUCCAGAGCAGUAAACUCGAGCGUUGACUCAAUUUUCAAAAACAUAUCGCAUGCUUUCGUCAAGUCACCACAGCUACACGUUGAGGAUGGUGGAAUGGUGGAAACAGACGAUGAGACCGUGUUCCUCAGCUCUCGCGAGCCAGCGUCAACAUCCACCCAUGUAGACAGCAUGUCACGACUCCCCUCAUGUUCCGAGAGUGGUAUGGCCCAACAACUACCAGAGAUUCAAACCGAGGCUCUAUCUCUGGUUGUUCAAAAGCCUGCUUCAAUGACUCGCCCAUGUUCUCUAAACCUAACAGUGAAAAGGCCUCUCCAUUUCCACCAGCCUCCAGUCCUAUACAACCACCCCACUGCUCUACAGGAAAGCCACCAAGUACUGGACAACCUGAAACACGACAGCUCCCAUCACGAUACCUUCGGAGGGCUCCAGUGUAGACCCAGUACCAUGGGUCUGCCUACCCCAGAGAUAGUUGACUUACCGUGGGAUCCGGUCAUAGUGAGGUCCAGGGUGACCUCCAGGCCACCCGGGAGUCCUCAGGUUAACCAACCCAUGACCACAGGGCAUCACGUGCUUCUGGACAGUCUCCCUCACAUCAAGAUGGACUGUGGUAGCUUUCAGAGUAUGGUGAAAAGGACCUCGUAUGUGCUGAAUGAGGGUCUGACCACACAGCACCUGAAGAAAGCCAAGUUGAUGUUCUUCUACACUCGCUACCCGAGUUCCAACGUACUCAAAACCUUUUUCUCCGAUGUCCAGCUCACUCGGUGUGUCACGUCCCAGCUGAUUAAAUGGUUCAGUAACUUCAGAGAGUUCUACUAUAUUCAGAUGGAGAAGUUUGCCCGCCAGGCCCGAGUGGAGGGGGUUAACAGUGUGAGGGACGUAGCAGUGAGCAGAGACUCGGAGCUCUUCAGAGCCCUCAACAUGCACUACAACAAGGCCAAUGACUUUCAGGUCCCCGACAGGUUUCUUGAGGUGGCUGAGAUCACACUACAGGAGUUUUACAUUGCCAUCUCUCUGGCCAGAGACUCAGACCCAUCCUGGAAGAAAGUCAUCUAUAAGGUCAUCUGUAAACUGGACAGUGACGUACCGGCUGAAUUCAAAGCCCCCUUCACAACAUAGAAAGAGCCAGACAAGAGAGGAGUUUAACCUGUAUUAAAAAUAUAUAUAUAUUUCCCUGCAUGUCCCACUGAAUUUCAGCAUCCUUCAAAAAGCUCACCUCACAACAUAGACCUUUUUUAGCAAUUUGAUUUCCACGAUUCCUCUCCUUUAAAAAACAAAUGAGGGAAGAGGAAACUUGUAAACAAAUGAGGAAACUUGUAAACAAAUGCACGGGUAAGAAAAGACUCCUACAGUCAGAGAGGUGUGUUUAAUCAUUUUAUGUAUAAAUAUUCUCUCUUAGUGCCAGAGGCCUCUACUGAAUAUGUGUGUCACUAUCAAUGUUGACAGUUCUGAAUAAAAGCAUCUGCAAAAUACAAUUUUAACUGCAGUAGACCUACAGCUAAAAGACCAUAUUAACUGCAGUAGACCUACAGCUAAAAGACCAUAUUAACUGCAGUAGACCUACAGCUAAAAUACCAUAUUAACUGCAGUAGACCUACAGCUAAAAGACCAUAUUAACUGCAGUAGACCUACAGCUAAUACCAUAUUAACUGCAGUUGACCUACAGCUAAAAUACCAUAUUAACUGCAGUAGACCUACAGCUAAAAUACCAUAUUAACUGCAGUAGACCUACAGCUAAAAUACCAUAUUAACUGCAGUAGACCUACAGCUAAAAUACCAUAUUAACUGCAGUAGACCUACAGCUAAAAUACCAUAUUAACUGCAGUAGACCUACAGCUAAAAUACCAUAUUAACUGCAGUAGACCUACAGCUAAUAUACCAUAUUAACUGCAGUCUGGCCUUCAGCAGCCUACUAUCCAUGCCACAAACAGAAAGAUCUGCCAUGUGCGAGUGUCUGUAGUUGUGUGAAUCUCUGGGCAAAUUACAUUUCUGUUAGACAUGUGAAUCAAAAUGGAAUUGGCCUGACGAGCAGCCUUAUCAACCAGUAUAUCAUUUUAAAACAGGCAUAAUGAAUUGUACAAUGUGUAUUUUUUCAACACGAUUAACAAUAAUACAA